AUGCAGAUCCAUCCUCGCCUCAGCGUUGAGGGCGUUACCGCGCAGGCUACGGACGCCUCCCAUUGGGAUGACCCGUCCUUUUCUGAACCGGAGUGGCAAAUGAAGAGGUGGCCUGCGGUCGUGCUGAAUGUCAAGGCGUAUAAGUAUUGGUCCGUGAUGGUGUUGCCGCUCAGACAAGGUGCAGUAGUAGAUGAGACAGGGGCGGAGCAGGAUUUGGCGAUCCGAGUGUCACCUCAAAGCUACGAAGGUGGCGAGAAGUGGCCAUGGGAGGAGACGGUCGCCUACGCGUGCCCGCUCGUGGAAACAUUCACAUGUCUUCCUGACCAACCCAUCGUCAGCCGAACGCCGUGGUUCCUCUCCGCCGCAGAGUGCACGGCGCUUUUGCAGCAUUUUUCCCACACGUCCAAAUCUAGGCCUCUGUCGCCUGCCGAUCGACUGAGGAUGCGCAUUCGCACGAAGGCGGUUUAUCCUUUUUUCUCUGUAUUCUCGCCGGUGUUAGAUCCCCGCUCUGAGGCGGCGGCCCACGAUGUCGCAUGGCGCGACGAGCGGGGUUGGCUAGACGAGCUCGCGAGGGUCGUGAAGAGGCGUACCUUGGAAGCUGGAUGGGCUUGGUCAAAUUGUACGACAGCCGUGGUGGCCGCGCAACAAGGCCAGGACAUCACGGAGCCGUCGCCCAGCGAUAGCAAUAUGGACCCGGACAUGUCUACGUGGUGGCCGUUAGGCGGGAGGGAUGUCUCGGUCACAUUGGACAGCGGGCCCAAGAGGGAACAGGGGACAGGCGAGGAUGAUUUGGAUCCAAGUAUUAUGCGCAUCGACAAAGUCAUCCCGCGCGACCGACCUCGGCGCCGGGCAUGUUGA